AUGGACGCGCUGUUCGCGCUGCUCCGCGCGCUGCGCCUGGCGCUCGACCUGCUGCUGCUGGUGCUCGACCUCAACUUCUUCCUCGUGUCCUCGCUGGUGUCGGCGCUGCUGUGGCUGCUGUCGGCCGCCUGCGGCCUGCCCGCGGCGGCGGCGGGCGGCGCGCUGGCGUGCUGGGACGCGGCGGUGCUGGCGCUGGCGCGGGGGUGCUGCGGGGGGCUGGAGGGGCUGCGGGCGCUGGCGCGGCUGGCGGCGCAGGCGGCGCUGCGGGGCCGGGAGCUGGCGCAGCGGGGGCUGGGCGCGGCGCUGGGCUGCGGGCAGGCGCUGGGCCGGCAGGCGUGCGAGGCGCUGGCCAUCGCGGGCAGCCUGCUGGUGUACCUGGCCAACAGCCUGGUCAACGUGUGCCUGCUGGGCGCGCAGAACCUGCUCACGCUGCUGGCCGCGCUCUGGGACUCGCUGGCGGUGCCGGCGCUCCGGCUGUCCGAGCUGCUGGCCGCCCUCCUGGCCCACGUGUCCAGCGGGGCCAUCGCCGUGUCCAUCCUGCUCUGGUCGCCCUGCCAACUGGCCCUCGAGCUGCUCUGCACCAGCGCCCAGAUCUUCGUCAGCGUCUUCUUCGUCAACGUCUACGGGCUGGGGCUGCUCCUCCUCAUCGUGGCCGUGGGCACCUUCCUCCUCAACCCCGGGCUGCCGUGGACGCUGGCGGGACACUUCCUGGGGUACAUCCAGGGGUACUUCCACGCCCUGCCCGCUUUCCAGCGCCUGAAGAGGGACGCGUGGCGGCUCUACCAGGUGGCCAUCCUAAGCGUGGGCAUGGCCAUGACCUCCCAGCCCUGGCGCAGGCUGGCCCACUGGGUGCUGCAGCUCACGGACUGGAGCCUGCAGGUGACCAACUGGAGCCGGGGAGGCAGAGGGACCAACCGGGGCAGCGACCAGCGAGGGGCUGUGGCGGUGGCCAGGGCGCUGGGCCAGCUGCUGGACGAGGAGCAGGUGGCACAGCCGCGCCCCGGGAAUCGCGCUGGGACGGCCCAUGGCAGGGUGGCCGUGGGCAGGCUGCUGGACGAGGAUGAGGAGCAGCUGGAGGCAGGACAGAUGCCACUGCCACGCCCUGCCCUGAGCCGUGCUGCGGCGGCACAGCAUCCCCAGGCAGCCAGGCAGGAGCCAGGCCCGUCCUGGGGGAAGGCUCCGAGGAAGCAGCAGCUGAACGCGACGGCCGGGAACGCCGAGGGAGCGCCGGACAACGACCCCUGGGUGCUGCUGAAGGAGCAGGAGGAGCGCAAGAAGUGCGUCAUCUGCCAAGACCAAACCAAGACGGUGCUGCUGCUGCCCUGCAGGCACCUGUGCCUGUGCCAAGAGUGCACGGAGGUGCUCCUGCAGCAGGCCAUCUACCAGCGCAACUGCCCGCUGUGCCGCCAGAUGAUCCUGCAGACCCUCAACGUGUACCUGUGAGCCCCACGGCACAGGAGGGGCUUGGGUUGUUCUCCCAGGAGCAGGUCAAAGGCACCCCCCCUGCCUGCACUUCCUUCCCAGGGCUGCCCCGAGCAGCUUCCAAAGAAACUUGAGGAUGGUGCUGGAAGGGCAGAGCACUGUUGGGGUCGUGUGCUGGUCACGUUUGCUACGUACCUAGGUUGUAGCUCUUGCUAGCAAGCACAACACUGAUCUCUGCAGGGGGCUGGAAGAGAGUUACCUGGGGUUGUUUUUUUUUGUUGUUGUUGACGACUUUUGCUGUUUUUCAAGGCCUGUUGUUUGCCUCGAGCCCGCAGCAGCCUGAGAUCCAAAGCAGAGCCAUGCUCUGGUCCCUCGUAGCCAAAGCUGAUGGAAAAGUUAAAGGCUCUGCCCUCCCAGGAAUCACAGGGGCUGGUGCGAGGCAAGGGAAGAGUUUUCCCGAGGUCUCACUAGAAAACUACCUGGCUGGCUGCGUUCAGGCCUCUGUUUUCUCCUCCCACCAUGGAAGUGGGGGAGUUCCCUGGGAGAGGAAGGAGCACACUCAAGUUUUUUUGACUCUGCUCCCAGAGAGCUGAGCCUGGCUCCCAGCUGGAGAACAGUUUUCAGCAUCCCAGCCACCCAGUGGCUUUGGUUUCUGAAGGAUAUCCCUUGCCAGGACAGCGUGGAGCCCUGCAGAGCUCAGUGUUGCUGCUGCUUCCACGCAUCACCUAUGCAAGACUAGCAAGCACACGUCAGGUUUUCCUGCAAAGGGAUUUGGCUGGAGGGCGUUACUCUUUCUGCUUAGGGAACCUGAGGGGUGGCCAGCCAGCCACUGCUUCCAGCCCUGGCAGCAGCAGCAGCCCAGCUCUGAGCCAAGGCUGGAGAACCCUCUCCAGAUAAUAGAUAUUUUCAGGCUCAGAGCACCCUGGGACAGGCAGGUUCACAUCAGAGCUUGCUCUCACCUUCCUAGGGGCUGGGCUGGUUAGAAGGAGGAGAG